AUGAAUUCCCGGGACUUUCAAAUUGAUAGCGAGGUGCCCAGACAGGGAAAAUUAGUGAGGUAUAAUGUUGCAGACAACGAUUCUGGGAUAGAAGACGCUGAGGCCAGAGAGAUCACACAACAGUUAUCAGACGACGAUCUGGACUUGAUACCGGAGGAGGAAGGGGAGUUUGACGUGUUCCAAAUUGAUGACAUAAGCACAGAAUCAUACAGCUCAUCAUUACCGUCUCUAAUAUCGGACCAGUCUUUGGACAACGAGGAACUAUUGGACGAACAGAUGGAGGCCGAAAAAUACCAACAUCCCGUGCGUUACGAGUGGCUUUACGAGAUUGCGCCAUCGAAGGGCCAAGAAAUUCAACAGAAAGAUCAAUUCAGCUACAAGUUGAUGAUGGGGCAGAAGGACACGCGUCAUAAUAACAGCGCUGAGCAAAACUACCAGCUAUGGCUUCAGUCACACUAA